AUGAGUGAUUUGGAAAUUUCAAGACAAGAAAAGCUGGCGAGGGCCAGAAACCAUUUGAAGAAGGCUCAGUCGAAGAAAAAGCACUCGAGUAGCGCUUCAAGAGACGUUUCUUCGUUAUUCACUACAACUCCAACUGAUCAGCCAAAUUCUCCUUUAUUCUCUCCUACGCUUGAUGAAUCUGAUAAGACGAGCGAUUGGGAUGCUUUGCAAUCCUCGCUUCAGAUUCAAUCUGAUAAGCAGCUUGACGUGGAUCAGGCUGCGGAUGAUUUUGAUAAAGGUGAUCAAGAGGGUGGAUAUGAUGAGGCGAAUGCGGUGGAUGGAGUCGAUGUAGUGAAUUCGAGAGAUGCAGGGGAUGUGGUUGAUACAGGUAAUACAGCCGAUACAUUCGAUACACUCGAUAAAGCUGAGGAACCGCACGAGAAACGGGAGAAUGCACAAGAAUCACCCGAAAUGCAACGGCAACAACCGCCACUCACAGAAAUUUCCUUAGAAGAGCUCAAACAGCAAUUAAAUGAAGCACACAUUGAUCAUAGCGCGCAAAUGAGCGAAAAGAAGAACACAAUUGAUGCACUUGAAAAGACAAUCAUUGAACUGAAAAGCAACUCUGGAAAUAGCGAUGAAGUUAAUAAUUUAGAGAGGAAAUUAGAUUCAAUACAGGCCCAAUUAAUGUCGAACAAGCAAUCACACCAAGAAACAAAUUCAGCAUUGCAACAUAGUGAAAAUGAGCGUAAUCAGCAACGAGAGAAUAUUGAUGCAAUUGAGCAAAAGCUAAGUCAUGCUUCGGAGCAGUUGUUGAGGAGUAAAUUGGAUAACAAGAGUGUUAGAGAUGAGGUGGAGAGGGGUAAUUCUGAGAUUAAAUCUUUGAAGGAGCAACUUAGCGAGCAGCUAUCAACAAUAAGUAAUCUGCAAGAGAUGGAAAAGGAGAAAGAGAGGCUAUCCACCCUUUCUAGCAAUUUGCAAGAGUCAAACGAAUCUCUAUCUCACCGUCUUUCACAGUUAGAGGAGGAGAAUGCAUCUCUAAAGCAAACUAUAGAAAAGGACGCAGAUAGAAAGAGUAUCGAGAGUCUCGAUAAGGGGGCAUCAACAAUACCAUUGAAUACUAAUGGACACUUUGUCUCAGCAGCUGCACGCUCACUUAUACCAAGCAGCGUGAUGCAUAAGCGUCGAGAAUCGUUGCAGAUGCUCAAGAUACGUAUGGAUAGUCACAUACAGCCAACACAAAUGGACGCCGUCAAUGAAGAGAGCCUGCCGCGCAACCAAUUUAUGACCAACGACGACCCACUCUUCUUCUGUGCAGCUUGUGAGAAUGAGAAUGACGAGGGAGAAGGGUUGAUUGUGUUGUAA